AUGGCGUCAUCAAACACACCAGAAGCUCAAGACACCAGCUACGUCGAGAUGGACGACAAAAACGAGGCUACUCUAAUUGGCAAGCACUGCGAAUACGACUAUUGCAACCAACUCGAUUUCCUACCCUUUUUCUGCCAGUCUUGCCGAAAGACGUUCUGUCUCGAUCACCGAACCGAAACAGCACAUGUAUGCGCCAACCCUGGUGCUUGGGCCGAGCGAAAGCGACUCAAGGAGCUCUCGCAACCAUCCAUCGGACAAGGAAGGGUUCUACGGGAUAAGGUAUCCCAAAAGCCAUGCUCAUCGCCUGAGUGUAAGACCACGAUCGGAACGUCUUUGAUACCUGGUGUACACUGUCAGACAUGUAACCGAGAUUACUGCCUAAAACAUCGUCUCAAGGAAGAUCACGACUGCAGCAAUCUGGUACCCAUUGGAGCCCGCCCAGCGCAAUUUGACGUUGGCCAAAAGACAAGAUCGGCAUUCGACAAGCUACGCGCAUGGGGUACAGCAAAGAAAGAGCAGGCUGGUCGAGCGCUGCCAAAACCGAAACCAACUUCCGCCUCGGCACGAAUUGUUGCAGUGAACAACCUGAAGAAGACGGCCAAGGGCGAUGCCAAGACACCCAUUGAGAAGAGGGUGUAUAUUUACGUCGAGGCCGAAGCGGAGACGACCAAAGCCAAGUUUCCCAAGGGGGAGUUCUUCUACAACAAGGACUGGGUUGUAGGCCGAGUUCUAGAUGCUGCAGCGAGAAGUCUGCAAGUGCAGAAUAUCAACAACCAAAGUUCCGAUGAGAAAGACAAGCUACGUGUUUUCCACGUCGAGGGAGGACGGGUUCUAGAGUAUAACGAGAAAGUUGGGACAGCAUUACAGAGCGGGAAUACUGUGGUUUUGUUGCGUGGUGUUGGGCCAGCUACCCCAGACCUGAUUGAAGCAUGA